UUGCAAGGUUUUUAUGUGCUACUCUCUCUGUGUCAUUCAUACACAAAUAUUUCAUGGCAAAAGAGAACAAACUAAAGAGUGGGUCAAGAACUCAUUGUGCUGCCAUCAACUGCACACAAAGCAAACGAACUCGUCCUGAUUUAAGUUUUUUUCGUUUUCCAAAGGAUCCAGAGAGAUCAAAGAAAUGGGUAAACAAUUGUCGUCGUGAAGAUCUUUUGGGCAAAAGUGCAGAAUAUCUUUACAAGAAUUGUAAACUGUGUACAGAUCAUUUUGAGGACUGCAUGUUCACCAGCAUGGAAAAGAAGAGAUUAAAUCCUCAGAGUAAGCCAACUCUAUUCAAAAUUCCCAAUCCUCCACCCCAAAUUGGGAAAAAACGAAGGGCAAUUGAAAGAAAAGAAAUUCAAUAUGCUCCAUCAGCAAAGAAAUCUCAACAUGAAGAAAUAGCCAAUGUUACAGGAAUAAGAGGGCAACAUAGCAAAGAGUGCGACAAUAAGCAUGGUGCAAGUUUUAACAUUGAUGAAAUGGAAGAAGAAAAUCAAACAACUGAAGGCAACCAAAUAUAUAAUAUUCCCAUGAAUCAAUCAAAUGAAAAUGAAGAAGACAAUGCACCUGAGUGUUCAAAACGAGAUUUCAGUGGUCAAACAAACCAAUCCCUCUCAAAUAACACCCCUAGGAAGAGAAAACAAAAAAAAAAAAUUCAAACUAAGAAUAAAAAAAUACGAAGGCUGAGCAGAAGGAUAAAAAAUCUGGUGAAAGAGGAUAUAGAUUGCACAUUAGAAGCUGCACUAAAAAACCUGCCUGAGCAUCUAGCCAGCUUUAGAAGGUUACAAAUGAAGCUCCACUCAAAAAAGACACAUGGUCGAAGAUACUCACCAGAAUUACGAUCAUUAGCUAUUUCUUUAUGCCAUGCUAGUGGAAAAGCAUACAGGCUUCUAUCAAAGCGUUUUAUUCUGCCAUCAAUGACAUCAAUAAGAUUUGUUUCAAGAAUUCCUAUGAAAACAAGCAUACCACAAGCAACAUUAAACCUAUUAAAAGAGAAAGUGCUACAUAUGAGUGAAAUGGAAAAGACGUGUACAUUAUGUGUUGAUGAGCUAUCUUUAAAGACCCACCUUUACUACAAUAUCACAGUCGACAAAAUAGUAGGUGUGGAAGACUGGUGGUGGGUGCAGAACAAACUAAGUUGCAACAUCUGGUCUUGUGCUAAUGUUAAGAAGUGUUUCUGGGGGGUGGAAGCAACUAUUGGGUUAUGUACUUGUCGUGUUCUGUUGAUGUUUUUGAAGAAAUAAUCAAAGAAGUCAUUGAUAAAUUGAAGGGAAUUGGAUUGAAUGUCCUUGUCAUUAUAUCAGACAUGGGGUCCAACUUCUAUAGCUUGUCUCUUUGCUUAGAUGUAAAUUGUGACCAACCAUGGUUUCUGCUCAAUAACAAGAAAGUUUACCUCAUGUUUGAUCCACCACAUCUGAUAAAGUGCACAAGAAACAAUCUGAUGAACUACAAUUUCCAAUUUGGACAACAUGUUGUCAGUUGGAAGGACAUAGAGAACUUCUAUGUAAAAGACAAAAUGCAUCCAUCAGAACUGCUCCAAAGUUGACAGAUAAACACAUCUAUCCAACUAACUUCCAAAAAAUGAAAGUCAAAUAUGCUACACAGAUUUUUAGUCAU